UCAAUUUUGUUUCUUCAAAGAAACAAUCAGAAAAUUCAUCACUUGGGUUUUUUCAGAAUGAGGAGUUUGGGAAGAAGAUUGAUUAAUCGAGUAAUUACUCAAACGAAAUCACAGAAGCAACAAGAACAAUCCAUUCUUAUUCGUUCUUUCUCCUCUUCUUCUUCGACCAGAACAACUAUUCCUUUCUAUAUACAAAACCAAAAACACUUCUCUUCUUCUGCUUUCAAUCCAUCUAGAACAAAAUUUCUUAAUUCAACGAAAUGGGCAGGAUUUGGAGGACAGAAGAGGAGUAUGUUUAUACAAACUCAAUCAACACCCAAUCCUUCUUCUUUGAUGUUUUACCCUGGUAAACCAGUUAUGGAAGUUGGGAGUGCCGACUUUCCGAAUCCGCGUACUGCUAUGAAUUCACCUCUAGCUAAAGCUAUCUAUGGCGUUGAUGGUAUUGCACGGGUGUUCUAUGGAUCAGAUUUUGUAACUGUGACCAAGUCAGAGGAAGCUUCGUGGGAUUUGCUAAAACCUGAGAUAUUUGCAGUGAUUAUGGACUUCUAUACCUCUGGACAGCCACUAUUUCUGGAUGCAAGUGUUGCAUCUGCCAAGGACACAGCUAUUCAUGAGGAUGAUACAGAGAUUGUUGCUAUGAUCAAAGAAUUGCUGGAGACUCGAAUUAGGCCUGCAGUACAAGAUGAUGGCGGGGACAUCGUGUACCGAGGAUUUGAUCCGGAAACUGGAGUAGUUAAGCUACAAAUGCAGGGAGCCUGCAGUGGUUGCCCUAGCUCAGCUGUCACUCUAAAGUCAGGGAUUGAAAACAUGCUCAUGCACUAUGUACCUGAGGUGAAAAGUGUAGAACAAGAAAUGGACGAGGAAGAAGUUAACGAAGAAGAAAAUGAAUCUGUCACCAGCUAAGAUUGUGUCGAACAUCUUGUAUUGCCAGUUUUUUGUUAUGUCACGCAUUCUUUAGUUGAUACUUUUCUUUUCUUGUAUAAUUUUUCACAAUAACUUUUAAGUUGUAUCCUGAGAGUAUAAACUGUAUGAAAAAGGGUUUGAAGGAAUCCCAAAAUAACUGAUAUGUACAAGACAAUGACAAAGAUGGCAGGACAAUGCUUUCCUUAUAAUCUGAAUAAUAUUCUUGUCUGGUGCAAUCCAUUUAUCCAAA